UAAAUACAGCAACAUGCCACUCAAUCAGACACAAUAUUUCUCCUGCAUGUGAUCUGCAUGGUCCUCUACCUGAAGUGGGAAAUAGAUUUUUUUUAUAUUCUGACACAGGAGGUGAUCCUGUAAACAUGGCGCGAAGAGAAAUCAGUUCAUUUCUACUGCUGCUUUCUGUGAACAUCAUCUCCGGAACAAAUUACUGUGGUAUCAGAGGUCCACGGGGGUUACCUGGACCAAGAGGCCCAUCAGGAGCAAAAGGUUCUAUGAAUACAGGGCCUCCAGGCAUGUGUGGAUCACCUGGACAGCCAGGAAUACCAGGAGUAAACUAUGUGGGACAGCCAGGAAUAACAGGAAAACCAGGAGAAAAGGGUGAAAGAGGAUUUUCUGGACCAACUGGUGACAUAGGGCCUCAAGGACAGCAAGGACUACAAGGGCGCCCAGGACCAGUAGGUGCUCCUGGAGUCAGUACAAAAUCUGUUGAUGGCGAGGCUGGUUCCCAAGGAUCACCAGGUUCUCCAGGGUUAAAAGGUGAAUGUGGAAAACUUGGAGAACCAGGAAGUCCGGGUCUGUAUGGGGCAAAAGGUGAUGAUGAAAUUGGCCUUCCUGGAUUCAGAGGAGAAAGGGGUUAUCCAGGGCCAAGCGGUGAGCCAGGACCUCUUGGAGAAGUAAUUGCAGGUCUACCAGGAAUUCCUGGUAUCCAUGGCAUAUCAGGAGAGAAAGGUGAAAAUGGAGAAUCUGGUAGACCUGGAGCUGCAGGUCUACCUGGUGAAAGAGGAUUACGGGGUCCACCUGGUAUAUCAAUUUCAAUGCCAGGAGUAGAUGGUAAACAAGGUCUUGCAGGGCUUCCUGGGAUCAAGGGUUCUCCAGGUCCAAAGGGAGUGCCAGGUAAACUUGGUCUACCAGCUACUGGAAAUUCAGGUUUGCCAGGCCUUAAAGGUGAUGCUGGCCCCAGAGGCAUGCAUGGCUAUGCUGGUGCGAAAGGAGAUCCAGGAAUAGAUGGAGAAUUUGGUAUGGCAGGACCCAUAGGAUUUACAGGUCCAACAGGAUUACCAGGUUUGCAAGGUGUUCCAGGUGAAGAUGGCAAUCCAGGAUCUCCAGGAGAACCUGGUGCAUUAGGGCUGCAUGGAAUUCCUGGAUUACAAGGUGAUGAAGGACCAACAGGUGCUCCCGGAAAAUCAGGAAUUCCAGGAGAAGACGGUAUCCCAGGGUCACAAGGAAAACAGGGACCACCCGGUCCACAGGGUGAUAAAGGGCCCAGAGGUAGGCCUGGUGAAUUUGGUAUACACGGUGCUUCUGGUUUUCAAGGACCAUUGGGGAUUCAAGGCAAUUAUGGACCACCUGGACCUACCGGAGAAAUUGGCAAACAAGGUCCAAAUGGGUCACAAGGUCCUCCAGGACAAAAAGGCAUCAGAGGAGAUCCAGGAAAACAAGGUCCACCAGGCCGUUCCAACUUUUUGCUAUCUGGAACCCUGUUGACGGGAGACAUGGAAACAUCUAGUGAUGCAGAAAUACAGGGACUUCCAGGCAUCCCUGGUCCACCAGGUCCAACAGGUCCACCGGGUCCAUCGGGUGCCCCAGGGCCACUGCAGGAAACUGUCAUACAGUCAGUGUCAAAUACUGAUCAAGGUUUUAAAGCCAUUCUCUCCACUCCAUAUUCAACAACAGGAAUACCAAUAGUUUUUGACAGAACACUGUACAAUCAAGCCAAUGUCUAUGAUGCAGAAACUGGAGUUUUUACAUGUCAAAUACCAGGCAUCUACUAUUUUUCAUAUCACAUCUACAUCAAAGGCAGAAGUAUUCACGUUGCAUUGUAUAAAAAUGAUAAACCAGUUCUCCACACAUAUGAUGACUACAAGGAAAAAAAGAUUGAUCAAGCUUCAGGGAGUGCUGUGUUAAAGCUACAGAAAGUAGAUAAAAUAUAUUUACAGUUGCCUUCAGAACAGUUUAAUGGUUUAUAUUCCUCCAAUAAAAUGCAAUCAUCCUUUUCAGGAUUUCUGGUUCACCGAACCAAUCCACUGGAAUAGGUAGAAUUGUGAAUGGUUGAUCCAAGUGAUUUCACUGCAUGACCGUUUGAAUGAUAACAAAGGAUUUUUGAUCAAGAAAUAAAAUUUAUUUAAAAGAUAAAUAUACAGGCAUGCAGGACAGGAUGAAUUGAUAAAUUAUCAAAGUGCCAUUUAAUGAGAAGCUUGUUUAUCUAAUGACCAUAUGCCUUUGUGCUGGAGUUAUCUGGUAUAUGAACAUAUUGCUGUUUUGCAUGAUGUAUCUGUGUUCAUGUGUAUGCUACUCAAUAAAUAAAAGAUACUUAUUAGAAAAAUAUCAAAAGGAAAAUUUCCAUCACAUAUGGGAAGAAAUCAUCAGGGCUCCUGUGUAAGUUAAAUUCCAUAUUUGGAAGAGCACCUUCAAGUGGGGAAAUAGGCUAAAAGGUAGAGAUAAAGCAAUGGAUGGAAAUAC